GGGCGCGAGCGGGCGGGCGGGCGGACGGAUUCGCGGCUGCCUCGGCUCCGGCCCGGGCCAUGGAGCAGGUGAAUGAGCUGAAAGAGAAGGGCAACAAGGCCCUGAGUGCCGGCAACAUCGACGAUGCCCUGAGGUGCUACUCGGAAGCCAUCAAGCUGGACCCCCAGAACCACGUGCUCUACAGCAACCGUUCUGCUGCGUACGCGAAGAAGGGCGACUACCAGAAGGCCUACGAGGAUGGCUGCAAGACGGUGGACCUGAAGCCAGAGUGGGGCAAGGGCUACUCCCGGAAGGCGGCCGCGCUCGAAUUCUUAAACCGGUUUGAAGAAGCUAAGCGGACCUACGAGGAGGGUCUAAAGCAUGAAGCCAGCAACUCCCAGCUCAAGGAGGGGCUGCAGAACAUGGAGGCCCGGCUGGCCGAGAGGAAGUUCAUGAACCCCUUCAACACCCCCCACCUGUACCAGAAGUUGGAGAAUGACCCUCGGACGAGGGCCCUGCUAAAUGACCCCAGCUACAAGGAGCUGAUCGAGCAGCUUCGCAACAAGCCCUCAGAUUUGGGCACGAAGUUGCAGGACCCCCGUGUUAUGACCACACUGAGCGUGCUCCUCGGUGUGGAUUUAGGCGGCAUGGACGAGGAGGAGGAGGUGGUGUCCCCACCGCCACCCCCUCCCCCCAAGAAGGAGGCCAAGCCCGAGCCUAUGGAGGAAGAUCUCCCUGAGAACAAAAAGCAGGCUCUGAAAGAAAAAGAGCUGGGGAAUGAUGCCUACAAGAAGAAAGACUUUGCCACGGCCCUGAAGCAUUACGACCGAGCCAAGGGCUUGGACCCUACGAACAUGACCUACAUCACCAAUCAGGCAGCGGUGUACUUCGAACAGGGAGACUACGACAGGUGCCGAGAGCUCUGCGAGAAGGCCAUCGAGGUGGGGAGAGAGAAUCGGGAGGACUAUCGGCAGAUUGCAAAAGCUUAUGCCCGAAUCGGCAACUCAUAUUUCAAAGAGGAGAGAUACAAGGAAGCCAUCCACUUCUACAACAAGUCUCUGGCCGAGCACAGGACCCCAGACGUUCUCAAGAAAUGCCAGCAGGCUGAGAAAAUCCUAAAGGAGCAGGAGAGGCUGGCUUACAUCAACCCAGACUUGGCCUUGGAGGAGAAGAACAGAGGCAACGAGUGUUUCCAGAAGGGGGACUACCCUCAGGCCAUGAAGCAUUAUACAGAAGCCAUCAGAAGGAACCCGAAGGAUGCCAAGCUGUACAGCAACCGUGCAGCCUGUUACACCAAGCUGCUGGAGUUCCAGCUGGCGCUCAAGGACUGUGAGGAGUGCAUCCAGCUGGAGCCAACCUUCAUCAAAGGGUACACCCGGAAAGCAGCUGCUCUCGAAGCCAUGAAGGACUAUACGAAAGCUAUGGACGUCUAUCAGAAGGCUCUAGACCUGGACUCCAGCUGUAAGGAGGCAGCAGAUGGCUACCAGCGAUGUGUCAUGUCCCAGUACAACCGCCACGACAACCCUGAGGACGUGAAGCGGCGAGCCAUGGCCGACCCCGAGGUGCAGCAGAUAAUGAGUGACCCGGCCAUGCGGCUCAUCCUGGAGCAGAUGCAGAAGGACCCGCAGGCGCUGAGCGAACACUUAAAGAACCCUGUAAUUGCCCAGAAGAUCCAGAAGCUGAUGGACGUGGGUCUUAUUGCAAUUCGGUGAUGACUUGUUGAGCCCCUGUCCCUUCCCCCUUAUCUGUGGAAAGAGAAGCUGGGACCGCGGCAGGAGCAGAGAAGGGGAAAGAAGAGACCCACACCUUGUCUCUAUAUAUUUAUACAUAUAUACAUACAUAUAUAUGUGGAAGACACAGACUUCCUCGCCUCAUUUGUACAGCCGCUGCUGCCUCGGGGCUCCCCCAGCACAUGCAUGGUCUCUCUCUUCACUGCUGCCCCUUCGAGCCCAUGGCCUCCCUUCCCCCAUCGCUGUCCCAGCUGCUCUCCUCCCCCUUAGUUGGUUUUGUUUUUUUAUUCGGGGCAGUGGGUGUAUCAGGGGAGGGGAGGGAUGCCCCUUCUUUCUCUUGGGCCCCGGCUGCCCCUGCUCAUUGUUAAAUCCACGCCCCCAUCACCUCCAAAUAAAACAAGCCAGUCGGCGUGGUUAUGGCU